GACAAUUGUCAUCAGUUUCAAACGGAUCAAGCUUAGACAAACAUCUAUCCAAUCGUACAAAUAUAUUUUGUGAUUUUUUAAAUUCUUUUGUCCAAAAGUUUACUACAGAUUUACAAAUCAAAAUGAAGGCAUCUAUAGCAAUUUUAAUCGCACUCUUUGCAUUGGUUUCCGCCGAAUACAAACUCCGCAGUCAAGAAGAUCUAUUGAAGGUCCGCAAGGAAUGUAUGGAAGCCAAAAAAGUCUCUCCCGAAUUGAUUGAAAAAUACAAGAAAUUCGAUUUCCCCGAUGAUGAAGUCACCCGCUGCUACAUCGAAUGUAUUUUCGAGAAAUUCCAAUUGUUCGACCCCAAGGAUGGUUUCAAAAAUGAAAAUCUAGUUGCCCAACUCGGUAACGGCAAGGAAAACAAGGAUGAAGUUAAGGCUGAUGUUGAAAAGUGUGCCGAUAAAAAUGAACAAAAAACCGAUUCUUGUGCCUGGGCUUUCCGCGGCUUCAAAUGCUUCAUCAGCAAGAAUUUGCCCUUGGUUAUGGAGAGUUUGAAGAAAAACUAAAUUUCUCUAUUUAGAAGUACUACUUUAAAUUUUUUUUUACAUAUUUAAAAUGGAUUCAAUUGUCAACAUCUAACAAACAAACAAAAAAUAAGACCCACAACAACAACAGUAUUCCAAUCAUCGACGAUCAUCUCUAUGAUUUGGCAAAAUAAUAUUUGAAAUAAAACAUGAAAAAUGUUAAAUGAAUCAUCUCUUACGUCCCACAAUCGUCAUUUUUUAUUAUAAUAUGUUUUUUAUAUUAAAGUGUUAAAAACUUUCGUUAAUUUUAUUAAUAAAACGCAGACUCUAUAAAAGAA